AUGUCGUGGCAGCCAAAGCUUCGCCCCAAGGGCUUCCCGCAUAUCAUGGAUGACUUCGCCGCUGUGGCUUCACUAUCUGAGUUGGAGCAUCGUGCUCGUACCGAGGACAAGCGCGACCAUCGAGUCUUCCGGGUCAAACGUAAGCAUGUUCUCAAGGCUUGUGAUCGUUGUCGCGUGAAGAAAACCAAGUGCGAUGGGAAACAGCCUUGCAAUCGAUGCUCAGUAUACAACCACCCAUGUCUCUUCCGCGAGAGAAAAGCAACCCAGACAAAGGUCUACUCAAGAGGAAGUCGACAUAGCUUCGUUGAAAUGCUCGAAUCCCACCACUCGCUAGUUGUGAAAGCCCUCCAAAAGCUCUACAAAUUCUGCAUCAACAACGAAGGCUUUCCAGGCGAUCCCCUCGCCGAAGCCCCAGACGGCCACCCUCUAACACACGCGAUCCUCGACCGGCUAGGACUAAUCAAGCAAGCCGAAGAGACCGCCGACGAGCCAGACGAAGACUCCGAGGAUCUGCGAUACCUGCGCCUCCUCUCCACCUCAACAGAAUGCAGUGUCACCGCCGAGCCCUCCCCAGAACCACGAACGCCAGAAGAACGCUCCCCAACGAUCCCGCGGCAUCAAAUCCAAAUCCCACCCCCGGUGUCCGUCCCGCCUCGCUCAAGUAGCACAGCAAACUGGCAGUGGGAUCUCCAGCCCGUCCAGACAAGCUACAGCUAUCCCGACGCGGGAUAUCAGAAUCUCAUGGCUCUGCAGCGCGGUUCCAUGAGUGCCCCUGAUAUGGCGGAUAUCCCACCCCAUGUGGAUUUAUCGGGCUCUGCAGGUUUACCGCAUCACGAACAGUCUUUCCAGUAUGGGGUUGGAUGCUGCGAGCAGACGCAGGAUGUCAAGCCUGCUAUUUCGAGACUGCCGCCUGGGCUCAUGGAACAUCCGGGCAUGACGGGGAUGUCUGCGGAGAUGAUGGGUGAAUUCCAGUUCCAGGGAAAUGAUGGUGCUUUCUAUCCUCCGUUUACGCCUGGCUGGACGUUUCCUUCUGGGUAG